CGAGCGGACGGAGUUUUUGUUUGGAGAACAUUGCAAGUCUAGAGGCAGAGCAAGGGCCAGAGCUGCCGCAAAUCCGCCGGGCAGCGGCAGAGGUGGCCGCCACACGUCUGGAGGGUGUGAGUAAGAAGGAGGCCAUGGAGAGAGUCAUGUCGGUCAUGUCGUACAACGUGUUGGCGCAGGUGCACAUCGGAAAGCGGUAUGCUGCGCUUGGCGAGGAGGUCACAUCAUGGGACGUCCGCCGGCCCAAGAUCCUUGACGAGAUCUUGCGCCUCGGCCCGGACGUGGCUGCCUGUCAGGAGAUGCCCAUCCCCAAGUUCCAGGCUGAUCUCGCCAGCCCCCUUGCGGCUGCAGGCUACACCGCCAUUCUGCAGAACGACAAGAACAGAGCCGAGACCCAUGAGACCGCCAACGCCAUCAUCUUCCGCUCUGAUUUGUUCGAGCUGGCGUACGAGAACCAUCGCUCGCGGACUCUGGUCGUUGCCCUGCUUCCGCGAUUUGGGCCUGCCGCAGUCAUUCCAGGCAUGGAUCACAUUGCGGCAGCACAAGAUGAGGCUGAGGCACGCGUCCGCACCGCUGCUGCCACAAAAGUCGCCGAUGCUGGCGCCAAUGCGCCACCGCCGGACAAAAGGGCGCUCAAGAAGCUGGCCAAGGAAGUCAAGACGGCACGGAACAAGGCAGCAAGGGCAAUGCGCAGUGCCAUGGCACCACAUCUUGUCUGGCUUGUCUGCUGCCAUCUGCAAGGUCACCCGGCUGAGGUCAACACCCGCCUCUCGCAGGUCCGAUCGUCGCUGCACAAGGGCGUGCUUGCGGGCGCACGGACCUUUGAUGCCGCGGCCACGCUCGCCAACCUGCGCCUGGUGUACUGCGGGGACUUUAACGACGAGGCCGACUCGCUGGUGUACAAGCUGAUGGUGACUGGAUCCGUCGACGCCGGCGAGGUCCAAACCUUUGACGGCUUUGACGACGUGGUGGUCGGCAAGGCCGCCACCCACGAUGCCUCGCUCGUCUCAAGCUACGCCCACUGCACGGGCACCGAGCCAACGGUCACGUUCAAGGCGCCCAACAUGAGGACAAGCACCAUCGACUUUGUCUUUGCUGCUCUCCCGCAUCUGCGGCCACUCAUGGUCUUUGAUCGGCUCUCAACCCCCGAGGCCAUCGCCGACGUCAUCCGCACCUCGCUGCCGAGCGCCGAGCACCCGUCAGACCAUCUUCCGGUCUGCGCAGUGAUCGAGCUUCUGGCAAGAGUAUGAUAAACCACUUCCAACAGUCA